AUGAGCAGGGAGGCACCUGCAGUUGAGAGCUACGAGAUAGUUUAUCCACGGAAAUCGCGCUCGGUGCACAGAAGGAGCACACAGACCAAAUAUGUUGACACAGUGGAGUAUGGAAUCAAAGCCAGUGGCCAGGAAGUCGUGCUGCAGCUACGAAAAAAUAAGGAUCUUUUAGGUCGAGAUUACACUGAAACCGUUUAUUCUGAUGACGGUCGGCAAAUAACAACAACUCCUCAGAUCAAGGAUCACUGCUUUUAUGAAGGCCAAGUGGAGGGUGAUGCUGAGUCCACAGUGAGCAUCAGUACCUGUCAAGGUCUCAGUGGCUACUUUGAGACCCGUGGCCAGAGGUACCUCAUUGAGCCCCUGGGAGCCUCGGACAGGGCAGAACACGCCGUGUACAAAUACGAGGCCCUGAACCAAGAGCCCGUCAAGACCUGUGGCCUCACCAACAACACCUGGGAACAGGAUUCCAGCGACCCCAUCAACGACAUCUUCAAAUCCAGCAACAGCCCAGAGAUGAAAGAGUAUCUGAAGGCAAAAAAAUACCUGGAGCUCUACAUAGUUGCAGACAACACCAUGUACAAGAACCGUGAUAAAGAUGUUAAUGCUAUCAGACAGAGGAUAUUCGGAAUAGUCAACUACAUCAACACGGUUUACAAGGCCAUAAACAUCCACGUGGCUUUGGUGGGCCUGGAGGUGUGGACGGACGGGGACAAGUGUCCCCUGAGCAGGAACGCCGGGCUCACCCUGGACGCCUUCGCCAAGUGGCGCCGCUCGGACCUGCUCAAGAGGAAGAAGAACGACAACGCUCAGCUCAUCACGGGCCUUGACUUUGAGGGGACAACGAUUGGAUUGGCCUUUCUCAAGUCCAUCUGCAGUAAUUUAUAUUCUGCAGGUAUUAUUCAGGACCACAGCAGGAACGAGAUCGCAGUGGCAGCCACGAUGGCCCACGAGAUGGGGCACAACCUGGGCAUGAGCCACGACACCGAGGCCUGCUCGUGCAGCGAUCACAUCUGCAUCAUGACAGACACCGUCAGCUCCUUCAUUCCCAAGGAAUUCAGCUCCUGCAGCCUGCAGAGCUUUGAGAAGUUCAUGCUGGCUGAGAUGCCGGAGUGUUUGACCAACGUGCCCGACCUGGGCAGCAUCAUCGCCCCUCCAGCCUGCGGGAACGGCUUCCUGGAGAAAGGGGAGGAGUGCGACUGCGGCACCCCCGAGGAGUGCACCAAUGACUGCUGUGACCCCGAGACCUGCAAGCUGACCUCGGGGUCUGUGUGUGCCCAUGGGGAGUGCUGUGAGAACUGCCAGUACAAGAAAUCAGGAGCAGUGUGCAGGGCGGUGAAGGACGACUGUGACCUGGCCGAGAUGUGCUCUGGGAGCUCUGCCAGCUGCCCCUCCGAUCGAUUCCGGGUCAAUGGGCACCCCUGCAACUUUGGAGAGGGGUAUUGCUACAUGGGCAAGUGCCCCACCAGGGACAGCCAGUGCAAGGCUGCCUUUGGGCCACAGGCCACGGACGGGGCACCCUCCUGUUACCUCAUGAACCACAGGGGGCUCUACUAUGGUUACUGCAGGAAGGAGAAAGGGAGCCACGUCCCCUGCAAGAAAAAAGACAAAAUGUGUGGGAAGCUGUUCUGCUCCGGAGGGAGGGAGAUGCCUCGGGAGGGGAGCCUGGUGACCUUUGAUUCCUGCAAAGCAAGUUUUUCUAAAACUGGAGACGAGGACCCCGGGAUGGUUCUGGAUGGGACCAAGUGUGGCAAUGGGAUGGUGUGCAGCAAUGGAGAGUGUGUCUAUGCUGAGGACGUCUUCAGAUCAACCAACUGCUCUGCCAAGUGUUCUGGACACGCUGUGUGUGACCACGAGCUGCAGUGCCAGUGUGAGGAGGGAUGGGCACCACCCACCUGUGACAGCUCCUCAGCCUUCACCAGCAUUGCCAUCGUGGUGGGGGUGCUGGCUGUGCUGGCUGUCACAGCGACUGCAGCCGUGCUGCUCAUCCGCCUCCGAGUGGCCAAGGAGAGCCACCAGAACAGGAGGGGACCUGGAGCCACCAACCAAGUCUUUGUGGAUCAAGAGCAGAGGUGCAGGGAACACCCAGGCCUGGCAGUGCCCACCCAGAAGGCGAAUGGGAAGAAACUCCUGCUCCCUGUGCCUCCACCUCAGGAGAACAAACCCCAGCUCCAGAGUCCUGCCUUAAGGCCUAAAGGUCCCCCACCUCCUGUUCCUUCCACCAAACCAGGCUCAUCUCACACAGAGGAGAAGUUUGCACCGGAGAAAAAACCUCAUCUGCCAGUCCCCAAAGGCAAACCUGCACCUCCACCAAAGGCUUUGAAACCCCCAAUGGAUCCCCGGGUCUGA